AUGACGUCGGUGCUGCUGCACCUGCUUUCCCCCUUUGACGAUGUCGUGCAGGAGAUGCGGCUCGCGUACGGGGGGCUGACUUUCGCCGGCCACCGCACCCCGUCCUCGGUGUCGGCGGCGGUUGUGGACGACGUUGUCGCCGCUCACACAGCGGCUGGGCGUUGUGGCGGUGAGCAUGCGGCUGUUCUCGUGGGUAAGACUGCGGUCGAUCGCCUGCUGCGCCCGCUGUACGGAGCGCCAAGUCAUCUUCUUCGCCGCCUGGCGGUCGACGCGCCGGUCGCGCGUUUCAGUGUGUCGGUGGUCGCCUUCAGCGGCGACGCGCUGGACUGCGGCCGUCCCCUCGCGCAUCUUCUGCGGCCUGCAGCCGGUGGUGGUGGUGGUGGCGGUGGUGACACUCUGGCGCGGUCACACAAGUGCGUGGUGCCGGUCUGCUCCUCCUCUUCCUAUGUGUUUCUUGAGACGGUGGAGGAGCUUGAUGCCGUGGUGGCGGCGCUGGUGGCUAGUCCAUCGUUCAACGAUCACGUCGAACGGUUGUCGCUCCGCGUUUCGCUCGCACAACUGCAGCCGAAUGGGUGUGGUGCGCAGUGUGUGUUUUCCUUCUGGUUCAUCAACGACCGGCAUCUGUGGGCGAUGCAGCACCACGAGGGGCUACAGCGAGAGUCUGUGCGUAGUGUGGCGGUUGUGGCGGCUGACGUCGGCGACGCGUGCCGCUACUUGGACAGAGUGAAGUGCUUCAAUACAGCAGCGCUGGGCGAUGAAUUUUGCGGCUUGACGGCGUCGUGUGGUGCCCGCCCCGUACAUGAAGAAAACUGGAGUGAACUAGACCUCUCGAGCACGGCAGUGCAGAUGCUGCUGGAUGUUCUCGAGCCUAUCGUUGGAGGUGCGUCGCCUGCUGCUGGCUCAAACGCAACGGUGGGGAAGCGUUUGACCGGAGGUGCGACAUCUCUGUAG